UUCUCAUUGACAAUUGCAUGCCAGACAGUUCACUCACUUUUUCCAAUUAAAUCGUGAUGUAAUAUAAUUUUUUUAGUAAAUAAUGUGGUAAUUUUCGUAUAAUUUGAAGGUUACAUUGAAUCUAAAGCGUUCCAGUUCAGCGGGUGGUGACAAUAUGGAUCUAGUGAAGAAAAGGCGAUUUAGUGAAGAAAGUGUCGAUUCCAAUGAUAGCACAAAAAGGCGGAAGCAUGACUCGAAAGAUUGCCGUCAACCUCACCGGUCACUGACAUUGUUGGAAAAAUUGCGUCAAAAUCGUGGAAAAUUCCAGUUUCACGACGGUGUCUUAAUUGGUCCAUGUGUGCUGUGCAACAAAAAAUUGUCGCUAUCAUGGUAUGAUUGGAAGCAUCACUACCUCGAGCACACCGACGAAAAGCAGUUCUAUUGUUUUGAAUGUAACGUUGAAUUUUCGCUACGAUCAGAGCACAAAAGUUGUUCAGACGAAACAAUCAUCGAUGUAUUUGGCAAGGUAGUGGUGGGCUGUGCCUUGGAUGGUUUCAUUUGUCAAUUGUGCGAUUAUUUUCAAAUCAACGACUGCCGUAUGAUAGAACAUUUCAAUCAAGAGCACGAAAAUUUGUUGGCAUUCAAUGACAUUCAUGUGGCCCGUGUCACCUUGGUGCCAGACGUAUGUCCCGAAGAGCGUAUCAUUCGCACUGGUUUUGCAUACAUCCCGCGCGGCGAUCGUUACAAAUGUGGUGUUGGCUACUGCUCUUUCCAUAGCGAGUAUUUUGGCGAGUAUUCGGAUCAUUUUUUCAAAGCGCACAGUAUUUUUAAAACAUUUUUUUGUCCCCAUUGCAAGCUAUUGAUCAAUCGUCGUGUCGAGUCGACAGUGGCCAUUCAAAAUGUUCUCACACACAUUGAAUCGCAUGGUAGUUGUUUGCAUCAAUGUUUCUACUGUGAACUGAUUGUCACAACAGAGGCGGAAAUUCGUGAUCACAUCAUCGACGAACAUUCGGAUGAAUCGCAGUUGAAAUUUUGGCGAAAUUUACGUGUUAUCGAUGGUGUGGCCGAUAGCGAAAAAAUUGAAAUCGUAUUGGAUUGUGCACUGUGCGGUGAACGGGUGAAGAAUAUUGCAUCGGUUUAUGAACACUUUAAAGAAGCGCACGCUGAGAGUACAAUCGAUUUUAAAUCGUUGAAAUUGAUAAAGGCGACCACGUCCGAUUUGAAGGUCACCCGUUCGAUCGAUGACUCGGUACUGAAUUACUGUGAGGUACUUGUGUGUGGCAUGUGUAACGAGUACUUUCACAACAAUCACCGGUGGCUCAUGCAUUACACCAGCGCUCAUCCAGCGCAUGCAUUGACGGUGAAACGGGCAUUUAAAUGGCUUAAUGAUGCGGCAUAUGCGAAGAAGGAGGACAUCGACUUCGAUCGAAAUAUGCUAUUUUUCUGCAAAUUUUGCGAGAACUCGACGGGCAAAAAACUGAUGUGCAGCAGCACAACGGAUGGGAUCUAUCGCCAUUGGAAAAAUGUACACAAACGCAACGAUAAGAAACCGUUUCAAUUUUAUAUGACCGAAUUAGUUGCAUGCAAUUAUUGUAAUAUUAUGAGCACAUUUGAUGGACUCAAAGAGCAUGUAGCCAAAUCACAUCCGAAUGAAGCAUUUGUUGCGAUCAAAGCAUUCCAUGAUACAAAACAAUGCGCAUUGUGUAACUACGCCUUUGAUGAACUCACCGAGCACUUUCAAACCGAACACCAUUUGGCCGUGGAAGCCAACGUUCUCAACCCCAUACCGUUGAGCAAUGAAAAUUUACUGAGACUUUUGCAAAUUUCGGUACACAAGAAGUUCAAGUGUGAAUAUUGUAAGGAGGUGUUUGAGACACGUGACGAAUAUCGCACCCAUCAUUCGACAAAACACAUCAAAUUGGAAAAAUUGUCCGAAGCAUUUGUGGAUCGUGAAAGCGUCAAACUCAUUGGCGACUGUUGUCACAUACAAAUCGAUCCAAAUUCAUUCCAUGACCAUUUGGAGUACCACAAAUACAUACUAAAAUGUGAAUCAUGUUCAUAUCGCACCGACGACCCAUUCUAUUUGAUGAAACACAAAAUCAAAACACAUGGGGUAACGGAGGAUGCAUCGACCAUGUAUUUGAAUUUUAUACAACUUCGAUAUUGGCGCAGUGAGUUGAUUUUUGGCAAUGGGCUCGUCGUUAAUAAAUUCAAUACACAAGGCACUGAAUACGAUUAUUCACGAAGUUUUGGAAGCUUUUUAGCUAGAUUGAUGGCCGAAAAAGGUGACUAUGAUAGAAUCAAAAGAGAGAAAGAUGAAUUGGAUUAGUAACGAAGCUUCGAAGGAAAUAGACGAGAUAACUGAAAAAAAAAAACAGUUCGAAAAAUGAUCAGAAAAUCAAAUGACUACAACAGACGAGACGACGAGGCCAGAUUUGAAAUCGACUAAUCCUGUUGUUUUAAGAAAUAUACAUUUAAGUUUAAGCAUAGCAUUUUACUUUUCCGCAUACCUAGGGUAAGGUGUUUUGAAUUGACAUUGAAAUGAACUCACAUUAGAAUUAGAAAUCAUGAUUUUUGGAAAAAUCGUUUUAAGAUGAAGAACAAAGCAUCAUUACCAAUUUAAAAAAUUAAUUCUAAAUGUUUUUGUAUGCAACAUUCCAAAUUGAUUAAUAUUAUUUGAUAAGCAGUCU